GUAAAUAAUUCACCAAAAUUACAACAAAAACCGGCCAAUUUCAUUCAGUAAUGGACGAUAUGACUGAGCAGGCUGACAUAUCAAUGGAGGGCACCUCCGGUGUAAUAAAGGCGAAAAAGGCUCACGAACUAGUCACAGCUACAAUCAAAGCGCCGCGCCAUUCCUAUGCACACCUCGAACUUUUCAGUGAUUCACCGGAUACUGGAGAUCUUGAUAUCCUUCAAGUACGAUCCUACUGUACAUCCGCCCUGAAACAGUUUCUGGGUGCUACGGGUAUUGGAAUUCCCCUAGAUAUCCUCAAGGUAGAAGGAAAGGACUGCUGGUUGAGAGUACCGCGGGAUGAUCUAGGAGCAUUUUCGGCAGCUAUUACAGCCUGGCAAGGCUCAUACCAGGACGGAAUUCACUCUUCAUUCCGAAUACGAGGAUGCUCCGACUGGCUUGGUGCCUUGGUGGGUAGUGCUGGAAAUGACAAAAUCUGGAGUGGUUGAAAAUUCGAAAUUGAGUCAAAAUGCCAACGACACGCCGAGGAAUCAAAUGCGCUAGAAUUUCAUUUUCAUUCAUUGGUAUCGCCAAUAUGGUAUAGAGUCCCAUUUCCUCUCCUAUAUCCCCGCAACGCCUAUGCUUCCAUGACCAUGAAGUGCCAUAUAUGCAAGAAUGCCGCCCAUCAUAUGCCACUGUUGAUUGAAGCUUAGCAUGUGGAAAUGCGAAAUUUGAAUUCACCCUUCACAUCAUCGACAUGAGCGAGUUAUUGGCGUAUGCCUAAGAGACGGUUAGAGUCAGGCCGAUGUGUCUAUUUUCUGGCGAGGAUAAGGGGAACAUACCAUCGGCCGAAUCGGCGGGUGAGGAACGGCGUCAAACUGGUUGA